CAGCAAACACCAUUUCAUAUCAUAUCAUAUCAUAUCAUAAUCUCUCUCUACUCUCUCUCUCUAACCCUAGCUUUCCUCUAGAGAGAGAAAGCACUCAACCUCCGAGUCGUCGCCUCCGUCGAUUCCUCCUCCGGCAGCCUCCCCAUGGCCUAGUAUUGGCGCCUCGCAAUCGGUCCCGGCCGUCCCGGAGUUGAUCAGCCUUCGCAGUGCAGGUUUGACGCGGAAUUGUCCUAGUUCUCGCCGGUUGUAGUCCCUUUGAUUGGGGAGUGAUGGAGCCCCGGGUCGGCAAUAAGUUCCGCCUUGGCCGUAAGAUCGGCAGUGGAUCCUUCGGAGAGAUCUAUCUCGGUACUAAUAUUGUAUCGAAUGAGGAAGUUGCGAUUAAGCUGGAAAAUGUCAAGACGAAGCAUCCGCAGUUGCUGUACGAGUCAAAGUUGUAUAAAAUACUUCAGGGAGGAACUGGGAUUCCGAAUGUGCGGUGGUAUGGUGUCGAAGGAGACUAUAAUGUGCUUGUGAUGGAUUUGCUGGGACCUAGUCUUGAAGAUUUAUUUAACUUCUGUAGUAGGAAAUUGUCUCUUAAGACUGUUCUCAUGCUUGCCGAUCAAAUGAUCAAUCGAAUUGAAUUCGUCCACUCAAAAUCAUUUCUUCAUCGAGAUAUCAAGCCCGACAAUUUCCUUAUGGGCUUAGGGAGGCGUGCCAACCAGGUUUACAUCAUUGAUUUUGGUCUGGCAAAGAAGUAUAGGGACACUUCAACUCAUCAACACAUUCCCUACAGAGAAAACAAGAAUUUGACUGGAACAGCAAGAUAUGCAAGCAUGAAUACUCACCUUGGGAUUGAGCAAAGCCGCAGGGAUGAUUUAGAGUCUCUUGGAUUUGUUCUGAUGUAUUUUUUGAGAGGAAGCCUUCCUUGGCAGGGACUGAAGGCGGGGACAAAAAAGCAAAAGUAUGAAAAGAUCAGUGAAAAGAAAGUUUCAACUUCUAUUGAGGCAUUAUGUCGGGGUUAUCCAUCUGAAUUUGCAUCUUACUUCCAUUAUUGUCGGUCAUUGCGCUUCGAUGACAAGCCAGAUUAUGCUUACCUAAAGAGGCUCUUCCGCGAUCUCUUUAUUCGUGAAGGCUUUCAGUUUGAUUAUGUGUUUGAUUGGACCAUCUUGAAAUAUCAACAGUCACAGAUUGCCACGCCUCCUCCGCGUGCUCCUGGAACAGGAGCUGGACCAAGUUCUGGCAUGCCUCCUGCUAUUAAUAGUUCGGGUGGAGAAGAUGGCAGGGUUCCCCUGGGUUGGUCUGUAGGAGAUGCUGCCCACAGGAGGCAUUCAGGACCAGUUGCUACUAGCGGAAGUUUAUCUAGGCAGAAAAAUCCAGUUGCAAAUGACUCUACCGUGUCCAAAGAAGUCAUGCCUUCGAGUUCGAACUUCUUGAGAUCGACUGGAUCAUCGAGGAGGGCUGCUGUCUCUAGCAGCCGUGAAGCUGGAAAUGUGGGUACAGACUCAGAUCUCUCUCGGUCCCGCACUGCAGCGGAUGUGAGCCCUGGAGCUUUCCGCAAAAUUUCUAGCGGUAGUGCCCAGAGGAGUUCACCGGUGGGAUCAUCUGAUCAGCAGAUCCGUCCAACUUCGAGUAGGAAUAACAAUACUACGUCCAAUAUGAAGACCUUCGAGUCGACCCUCAGGGGCAUCGAGGGCUUGCACUUCAAUAGCAGCAGCGAUGAGAGGGUGAAGUACUAGUGAAAGAAAGAAAGAUUUUUCCAGAGGAUGAUCAAUCUAUGGGUCUCGAAUUGGACAGCCACUGAACGUGUAAGUAGGGGUCAAUCGUAUCUUUUCUGUGACAUUAGUGUUUGAGGCUUGAGCUAUCGGUUUACUCGCCACGGCGUUAUAUGGAGUGUAAGAUGGUUUAAUGUCGAAUUUGGUACCAAGGGUUUUUCCCCAAAUUGUCAAACCCAGUUGGGUGGGUAUUCUCGGGAUGUCGUUGUAAAGGAGCACUGUCUUUGUAUCAUAUGUUGUGACGUUACCUGCAUGGUUUUAGGUGUUCAAAGUCGAGCCAGAGUCUUCUGGGUGGUUGAUUUUUUUCCCCCCUUUUAAUGGAAAGAUUAGAUUGUUUAUUUUUUCUA